GCAGCUUUUCAUUUAUUUCGCUCACUAAACUUGAAUCAAAACAACGCUAUGGCAUCAUUAAGUGACUGCGAAAGUUUAGACGAAGAAGUUAAAGAGUUACUCCGAAAUUAUAAGCAUAGAAGAGCGACAAUUUACGAGCCUUGCACUUUGGAGAACUCUAAGGAGUGUUUGAUUGGCCUUAGCGAAGAAUUUGGUGUUUUGAACAUAAAUUACGUAUUCAAUCCUCACAUUGACGUAGAAGAUGGCACUCUGCGACCUGAAACUUUAGUGAGACUUAUAAACUCAGUGUGGACACUGUUACAUUACUACAAAAAUGCUACUGAGAAGGUGGAGCGUUUAGUGGAGCAGAACGACAUACUUGAGUGUAACAAUAGGAAGCUCAAUGGUGUAAUAGGAAGAUUAAAAGACAAAACAAUUGUGGAGAAGAAUGAAUCCAGAGCAUGCAUAGCAUCAGCACAAAGAAUCUCUGACCGAUCUGAUGAAAUUCUUAAAAAAAUGACUGAGACAAAGGCAAAACUUCUUCAAGUGACAAAGCAAAAGGAAACCACUGUGAAUGCAAUGAAGCAUGAGAUAAAUCGAUUGACGCAAGAGAAUGAGAAACUGACAGAUAGACUGAGGAAUAAGUUUGAUUCACACACACCCUGCAGUGUAGUAUGUGACCAUACAUUACUUCAGAUUCGUGAGCGUGAGAGGAAACAGCGUACAGUAAUAGCUCAACUACAAACCAACAACCAGAACCUCCUAAGAGAAGUCAUAGCUUUGAAGGAGGAGAUUAUUUUGAGUGGUCUACAAGACUUCAAAGUUGAAAAGCAAAAGUAGUGUUAUGUGAAAAUAAAAUUGUUAAAUUGUUGUGAUGCACUUUGGUGUAAUUAUUCGAUAUUUUGGUGCCAGUUAAGUGUUCCUGUGUGCUAUAGAAAUCAAUAAAAAUUUUAUUUCAAUCAGUAUUGAAACUUUGCUUAAAAACGAUGUUGCACAAAUGUAUGAGCAAAGUGUAUUACUUUUUUAAUCUUACACUUAUUUUAAUGUUUCACAAUUUUCAUAAUAUUAAUAAGUUACCAUAAAUAAGUAUAAUUUUUUUUUAAAUCGUCCUUUCAUGUUAUUUGACAUAUUUGUGAUUAAUGAUUACCAAGUAAUCUGUAAAUUGUUGACAAUUAUUAUUAUGUUUACUCACAAUUACAGCAACUGCAUGGUGCAUUUACAGACAAUAAAAUUACCCUGCUUACAGAAUAAUAGUAAACAGCACAGUGUGAAAUAAAUCAUGUCAUGAUGGAGCUAGAAUCCUGAAAUUAACGUAAUUAUGACUGCUUACUUACUUAUUAACAUAAUUAUGACUUAAGUAUUAAGCAAGAUCUACU